AUGCGACAUUUGGCCCUGCGGGAGCUGAUGGAUUUGCUGGGGCUGUGGGCGGCCAUGGUCACCUUCAGGAUACUGGCCUCCGUGUUCGCCGAUGAGUGCGCCAUGGGCCUGCAAACGGGCGACGCGUGGCAGGACGCUUUGGCCUUGGGCUCAUACUCGCUGGCCAUGCUCUGUGUAGUGGCCAUCUUUUACGUGCAGCUGCAUACCUCUUCGGCGCUGGAGCUGGCCAUCGACACCUUCUCGGCCAACUUCUUCGAGACGAAGAACAUCGAGUCCGCCAUGGAGGAGUGGAACAUCCUGCAGGCGCUGAUUCGAUGUGCUUCUAGUCGCAUCGAAUGCUCGUUCAUGGUCCUGGCUGCGAGCUGCCUCGCGUCCUUGGUGCUUUUGGCCACUGAGGUUUGGGCGCACCCGGAGUAUCUGCACAAGCCCCUGCCGGCGGUGCUGUGGCUCGGCUGGGUCUACACGCCUGUGCUACUUCUCCUGUACUCCUUGACGCGAGCCGCGUCAGUGACGGAGAAGUGCACGCGCGUGGCGCCCUUUGUCAACUCCUGGGACUUUGAGGAGGAUGACGAGGACAGCUGUAUCUCCAGCGGCCUUCACCACGGGCGACAAUACAUUGUGCAGUACAUGAUGCAAAGCGAGGCUGGCUUCUACGUGAAGGGCGUUCGGCUUUGCAGCUUCACCGUGAUGAAGCUGUGCUAUGGCUUCGGCGCACUGAGCUUUGCCCUCCUGUCGCAGGCCAUGACUGCGGCUCUCGAGGCGAGGGCGCGAUGA